AUGAUCAGAAACAAAACCGACUCAGUACUGAGUCUUCAUCAUUCGACAGAGGAAACUAAUGCUGAAAGCGUUUUUGAAAAAGGCGCUACAAGAGAUAACAUUGGGGAGAAAGAAGUUUCACUCUCUACUGAGGAGGAUAGCGAGGAUGAAUUGUAUGGCUUGGCGCUUAUGCUUCGCAAUACUAACAAUGUCACCGGCAGCGAUUUCGAAGGCAAUGUUUUGUCAGAUCAAACUAAUCGCGAAAAAAGUUUAAAGAAACAUGAGUCAAGGAGGAAUGAAGAAGGCGAACGUUAUUCAAAAUGUUUUCCAAAUGUAAAUCGACGCCUUGUCAUUUAUAAAGGUUUUUAUUUCUUCUUUUUCUCAGCUUUAGGCUCUCUAUUUCCCUACCUUGCGGUAUUUUAUAAACAGCUAUGGCUUUCCGCACACGAAACUGGAAUAUUAAUUGGAAUCAGGCCCCUGAUACAGCUCUUGGUAACGCCCAUGUGGGGAGUAAUAGCUGAUACGUGCAAGAGAAGCAAAGUUAUUUUUAUCAUGUCAUUGGUAUCUUGGCUUGUGUCUAACUAUUCCUUAUCUCUGGUAUCUCCCGUGUUUCAUUUAGGCGAUUGCAAAGACAACGGAACAAUGGAAAUAAUCGCAGAAAUCAUCGAGAAUAAUAUUCAAGUAAAUAACUCGACCUCUGUCAUUCAUCAGAAGCUACGAAAACCUGUUGUUGUUAAUCCAGGAGUUUCCAGUGAACAAUGGUUUGAAAUUGUAGGAAAUGUAACAGCAAGCCAGUCAUCAGAUAAAACAAUCAUUUCUAAACAGAAUGGUCAAGAUCAAAGUAAACGUUCUCGGCGUCCAGUCGAGAAUAAUCAAAACACCCCAGGCCAUGAUGCAUUGAACUUGGGAGCACCUGAUUCAAUAAUGAUCGAAGUUGGUGGUAAAAAUGACCGAAGGCAAUUAUCCAGAACAUUAAAACAUACUGACUCAAAAACAAUGGCCACACCUAAUAUCGAGAACUCUAAAUUGUUCACCAUGGCAGAAAGAAAACUAACCAAGACAAAAUUCAAGGCUUCCAUGCCAACUCAUAAUAAAAAACGUAGCACGCCUGCAAGUAACGACAUUAUUUUCAAAACUGAUUUCUUAAAACGUUUUCAUAAUUUAAGCGAUAUAAACAUUGACGAGUUGUCCAGUCAGAUCAAAAGAGAAAGGAUAGAGAAACUGUUUGAUUUUCUUAACAUGGUCGGUGAAUACCCAUGGCCUCUUGAUACUGUGGCUAACUAUGACUCAACACAGGCCUCAUACGACUGGAAAAAACCAACUGAUGAACAUUUGUUCAUGAUUCUCUUUGUUAUAACUGCUACUGGAGAAUUGAUAGCUGCACCAGCCACCACAUUGGCUGACACUGCAACAUUGCAAAAUCUGGGUAAGUUUCUCAACUAGUGCGAUAUAUAUUUUUAAUAGUUGGAAACUCAAUGCUGAUGAGCUAAUUACAAAAGAUUAUAGAAAAAGUUAACGCCCGACUAAUUCUUUUUAAUAUGCGCUCUUCGUUUCACCAAUCCAAGAAUUUAUUUCUGAAGAUCAUUAUAAGGAAGAAUAGUCAGAAAAAAAUCGAUGACAAUCUAUGGAACUGUAAAAAUGAAGAGCAGCCAACUGAACUUACGCAUUAUUUCAGCGUUUAUACUACUACAUGAGAAAUUUCUGCAAUCUGAUUGGCUUAGAGCAUUAGUAUUUCAGCUUAAUUUGAAAUACCUACAUGUGAAAAUUACAAACCUUUUGUGGGUAGUAGUAUAAACAAAUAAUAGCAUGAUUUGUACGUGAUAUAUGGCAUAAAUACCAGCCGUGAUAUUUCAAAAUUGUCUCAAAUUUCACUCGCCUAACGGCUCGUGAAAUUGCGUAUAACAAUUUCGAAAUAUCACUCGUGGUAUUUAUGCCAAAUAUCACUACAAAUCAUGCUAUCACCUAUACUAACCCUUGAUUACAGCUACAAAAAUAUUCUAAUUUUUUUCAGAGGCAUUUUGGAAUGUAUUGCGCGUAAUAUUGCACCGUGAGCCUGCCUACCUCUCGUACUAAGACGUUUCUUACAGAAGUUGUUCUUAAUUACUAGGUAACCGGCAAGAGGAUUACGGUAAACAGCGUCUGUGGGGUGCAUUUGGUUGGGGGCUGGCGGCAUUUGUUGUUGGGGCAAGUAUAAGUACAAUUGAAGAAAUCAAUAACUGUAACAAUCCUUUGAGCGUUAACUACCUGCCUUGUUUUUAUGUUUUUGCGUGCCUCAUGGGUGUGGCAUUAUUAAUAGGAGCUUUAUUUGAAUUUGAUGUGAAAAAAUCGCAAGAAGAAGGCAUAUGGCAGGGACUUGUAUUGCUUUUCGACUGUCGGUACAUUUACUUUAUUUGGACGAUCCUGCUGUGUGGAAGUGCUUUGGGGUUCAUACAAACAUUUCUCUUUUGGCACUUACAAGAUUUAGGGGGUUCACAACUCCUGUUUAGCAUCAUAACAGCAAUACACUGCAUUUCGGAAGUAAUGGUUUACUGUUUCUCUGGAUAUUUUAUCAAAUGGAUUGGGCAUCAUCAAGUGCUAUACGUUGGUCUAUCAUGCUACAUUAUUCGUUUCUUUGGUUACGCUUUUAUUACCAAUAGCUGGAUAGUUUUACCUUUUGAAAUUCUUCACGGCUUGUCGACGGCUGCAGUAUGGUCAGCGGCUGUUGUCUUUGUGGGACUCAUCCCCGGGGCACCCGCAACUAUGCAAGGAAUACUUGGAGGAGUGCACUGGGGUCUAGGCAAUGGUGGGGGAGGGGUAGUUGGGGGAUUGUUAAUCACUUACGCUGGCGCCACGACCUCCUUUCUCAUAUUUGGCGUAGUAAGUCUUGUGGAUUUAAGCCUAUUCGUCUGUCUAAACAAUAUGGAAUGUUUCACUUGUUUUCGAUGGUCUAAGGAAGUCAACACUCGGUCAGAGCAUUCGUUUCAAGAGGAUAGAGUGGAUGAAGAUGACGACGCUUAUUACGAUGACUUCUAUUAA